UAACAAUUUCUUGAGGCCAUUGUGCAACAACUUUUUCCCCGGCUCCUAAACCAAUCCAGAAACUGACGAAAUUCAUUCAAUCCCUGUCAGGGAAGCUUACCCAGCCGACAAUUUGCAUCCUCAUUUGAUUUUCCUUUUCCUGGGAGUAUCUUCAAUCAAACCUAAAUGCUUGGGAUUCUUAUUUUGCCUAACACUGACCACAACAGCUUUACUCAUAAAUUUGUUGAUGAGGACUACAAUAGCUUUAUAUAUUGAAGAAAGUCGAUGAGCUGCGGGAUGCCCUAGUCGUCGCUUCCCCUCUUCCCUCGCGCUCAUCCCGUUUUUUUCCCUGGCCACCACUGGCCUUCGUCGGUGGUUUCCAUGGACCUUCAUGACGCCUCCAUGUUCCCGCCUUUGGCAGAUGCACCACCUUCCACUGAUCCCUCUCCCGCUGACCCAGCCUCAGCCCGCAGGUUAGACCGGUUAUGGUCUAACAUCAUUGCAUCUCCUGCUCCGUCUGCGCCGCAUAUCCCCGUAUCCCUUAUUGAAACUCCAAAGGAGAUCAUUCCCUUCGAAUCGGAUUUUACUUGUCCUGCUGCCGCAGAGUGGAACUUAUGCCUUGUGGGUUACUCGAUCGGUAAGCGACCCUAUUAUGAAGCUCUAAAUGAAACUGCAAAAAGGAUAUGGAAGCUUAAAGGAAUUUAUUUGGUUAUGGGUUGGAGGUGUCUGCAUGCAAACUGCUGAAUUGGUGUUCAACUUUCUGUGGGAAUUCUGGAUGCCUAUCGUUUUGGUUGGAUGGGUUCUUCGUGGAAAUGGGCAAGGAUGACUGGAUUGCCAUUUUCUCCUUUGGAGGGCAGGAAUUUGAAGCUUCAUUUUUGCAACCAGGUUGAGAGAGCGGCAAUUCCUGAGCCCGAGGCUUUAUUGAUCUCCUCUUCCUAUUGCUUACCUUUAAUUUUGUAUUUCAUUUUGUCAUUGUUUUCUUUGACUUAUUGCUUUGAUGUGGGGAUUUUGUUACCCCUUUUUUAGAUCUUGUAAGCUUUGGCAAGAUCUCAGUUUUUUUUACAGUAUUUUUCUUUCUUCAUUACAUGUAACAAGUUUAUAUUAAUGAAAAGGGCUUAGGCCAUAACUUUACCCCAAAACAUGAGGACUACAAUUGAGCUUUCCCCGACCCUGUCAUCACUCAUUACCUCUGUCUCCACUACCGUG